UCUGUCUACAGGCGACGAACGUCCCUCUAUAUAUAAAGUGGAAUGCCGAUCUUCUUUCAGUGCAAUAUUGAGCUCCGAAGUCAACUAACAAAAACAAGAAUUUCUUAUUUUGCAAGAUGUCAAUGCAUCUGAGAUCCGCUGUAAGAAGAGCUCUGCUGCUAACUAACAGGCCAGGUAAUGGAUCGAUUGCCAUUAGCGGUCAGAGAGCUACUUUGGUCAAUGCCUCAGCUUUGGGAAGUGCCGCUGCCUCACCAAAUCUGAAACCUACCAUUCGGACCAAUGCGUAUGAAAACAACAUUGUCACUUCCCCGUACGCAGAUUGCGAAUUUCACGAUAUGACGCUGACGCAAAAGUUCUUUGAAAGCGCCGUUCGUUGGCCGGACAAGGUCGCAUUGGAAUGUGGCAUUUCCGGGCGUCGGUACACAUACAAUACAAUGAGUCAGGCAGUCUGCCGCUUCGGCAGUGCUUUAACGCGAAUGGGAUUAACUAAAGGUGAAGUUUUGGGUAUAGUUGCUCCCAACCUUCCUGAAUUUUCCAUCGCCCUGUUUGGAGCUGCUGGUGCCGGUAUGCCCGUCGCUCUCGUUAACCCUACCUACACUGCAGAUGAAAUCGCUCGACAAAUGAAACUUGUUGAAGCGACGUGUUUAUUCGGAGUAUCCGAGAUGGCGGAAACAUUGAAAGCGGUGGCCCAACUGUGCCCCACUGUCCGGCGAAUAAUCCUGUGGGGUCCAAGCCAAGACGGAUGUGUUUCCUAUCAAGAUAUGAUGCAAGACUCUGGUGACCUUUUCAAUGACAACAUCAGUAUCGAUAUCGAUAACGAUAUCUUCAUCCUGCCUCAUUCAAGUGGCACCUCUGGGUUGCCGAAGAAUGUGAUGCUGACUCAUUCGACUGUCGGCAAAAAUGUUCAACAAUAUUUACAUCCCGAAGGCACCAAUAACCGACCAGCCACAGCUACUCAUCAGGAAACGUACAUCGGCUUCCUUCCGUUCUUCCAUUCCUAUGGAAUGGUCGGAUUAUUGUUAUCCGCUGUUGAAAGCGGCGCAAAGCUGGUGACGCUUCCCCAUUUUGAUGUACCCAGUUACCUAAAAGCUAUCGAUGAUCAUAAGCCGACGUACUUGCAUUUGGUGCCGCCGUUGAUUUCUCUUAUGACUAACCUUCCGGAACUGAAAGAGCAAUCCUACAGCAAAGUUCACACCAUUUUCUGUGGAGCGGCUCCACUUGGAGCUCCGGCUAUUAUGAAAUUUCUCGACAGGUUCAAGCAUCCUGUAAGCUUCCAAGAAGCAUACGGACUGACUGAGAUGUCGCCAGGAGUCAUGAUGAGUCCAGUGGGCAACAAGAAAGUCGGUUCCUGCGGUUCACUUUUUUCGCGAACCAAAGCUAAGGUUGUCGACCUGGAAACUGGCCAAAGAACACUAGGGCCUCACGAAAAUGGUGAACUCUACGUGACUGGACCACAGGUCAUGAAAGGAUACCUUAAAAAUCAGCAAGCCACCGACGAAAUGAUUGGCGCUGACGGAUGGCUGCGCACAGGUGACAUCGGUCAUUACGACGAAGACGGUCAUUUCUUCAUCGUCGAUCGCCUAAAGGAAUUGAUCAAAGUCAAAGGAUUCCAGGUUGCCCCGGCCGAGUUAGAAGAAGUUCUUACCACACACCCGGCCAUCAAGGAAGCAGCCGUGAUUGGCAUCCCAGACGAAAGAGCUGGAGAACUGCCUCGUGCAUACGUCGUCAAGAAACCUGGAAUGGAAUCUGUCAGUGAUGCCGAUAUCCACGCAUUCGUCAACGCCAAAGUGUCAGCCCACAAACACAUUAAAGGAGGCAUUCAGUUCUGCGAUUCUAUUCCCAGAAGUAACAUUGGCAAAAUCCUGCGCAGAGAAUUGCGAGUUCAAUAUGCCAAUAGCUGCAAGUAAGACGGUUACAUAUACGCUUGUAAAUUGUACACUCUAAUUAUACCGCUACACAUUACCUGUUAAUGCGCAUUUUGGGGGAUGCAUUGAGCGGUCUGCUCAAAACUCACGUGAAAUCAUUUCUUCCCUUUGAAACAUGCCUUGAUUACCCGUUACGUUUUCAUAUACAAAGGUCAUUAAUUGUAAAGGGUUUACUGUGCUAACGCCUCGAUAUUAAAUGUCAUUCUGUGUAAAUACAACGAUAAGAAGUUCAA